ACUCUCAUCUUGGCCUUCCUUGGCUACAGUUAUCUGAACCCACAGAGCCAGGAGCUGAAGAGCAUGCUAGACAAGGGAAGCAUAGCUGUUAGAGAACUCCACGGCCAGCAACGCGUAAAAUCAUCAAGGAUGGUGUAUCCCCAGCCAGAUGUACUAACACCCUCCAGACGAGAUGUCCUUGUUGUGACCCCUUGGCUGGCCCCCAUUGUGUGGGAGGGGACCUUCAACACUGACAUACUGAAUGAGCAGUUCUGGCUCCAGAAUGCCACCAUCGGAUUAACCGUGUUUGCCAUGAAAAAAUACAUGGUUUUCUUGAAGCAGUUCCUGGAGUCCGCAGAGAGGUACUUCAUGGUGGGGCACAGGGUGAACUACUACAUCUUCACCGACCAACCUGACCACGUUCCCCGCAUCCAGCUCCACAGAGGGAGGCGGAUGGUCAUCCUCAAGGCCCAGAGCUAUGCCCGCUGGCAGGACAUCUCCAUGCGCCGCAUGCAGGUGAUCAGCAACUUUUCCCAGGAGCGCUUCCUCGGGGAGGUGGAUUACCUCGUGUGCACGGACGUGGACAUGAAGUUCAGUGACCACGUGGGUGUGGAAAUCCUCUCCUCCUUGUUCGGCACCCUCCAUCCUGGCUACUACGGGACUGGAAGGAACAACUUUGCCUAUGAACGCCGGCCUGAGUCCCAAGCCUACAUUCCUGGGGAUGAGGGGGACUUUUAUUACAUAGGGGCCUUAUUUGGGGGGUCAGUGCCAGAGGUUCACAGGCUCACCAAGGCCUGUCACCAGGCAAUGAUGAUUGACCGAGCCAAUGACAUUGAGGCCAUAUGGCAUGAGGAGAGCCACUUGAACAAGUACCUGCUGCACCACAAACCCACCAAGGUCCUGUCCCCUGAGUACAUGUGUGAUAACGAGCUGCUGAAGUAUAUGUCCUAUCGGCAGCUGAUGGGCUUGCCCACCAACAUAAAGCGGAGUAGAAUUGUGGUCUUGGUAAAGAACCCCCAGGAAAUCCGGUCUGAUGAGGGAAGUUCCACGAAAGGGUUCAGAGAGGGGUGA